AUGAGUGUAAAGUAUGUGACAUUACACAUGAAUGGCUCCAACUCUAGUGGAGUGGUGUUUCAACUUCCCCAGAGCUUAGAUGUACUACUGCAGAAUGCUUCCUGUAAAUUCAACAUUGAAGCCCAAAGAUUGUUCCUCAAUGAUGGAUCAGAGAUCAGAGACAUCUCCUAUAUUCGCAACAAAGAUACACUGUAUGUUUCAGAUGGAAAGGAUUUUAUGAAAACCUGUGAAGAUACACAUUCUGAAUGGGUUACUCUAAAUGUUGGAGGGAAACAUUUCACAACUUCUAAAAGAACAUUGACAGCCAAUGAACCUACUAGUAUGCUGGCUAGAAUGUUUUCUGAAGGUGGUGAGGGUUACUUGUUCACACCAAGUAGCUUAGAUGUGGAUGGAGCUUAUCUAAUAGACAGGAGCCCUACAUACUUUGAACCAAUUUUGAAUUAUUUACGUUGUGGACAGUUAGUCUAUGACUUGAAUGUCAACCCUGAGGGCAUUUUAGAAGAAGCUCGUUUUUUUGGCAUAGAUUCAAUCAUUCCUAUGCUUGAACAAAUAAUAACCAAAGAGAAGACGCCUAGAGACAGUUUGCCUUUGACCCGUAGAGAUGUGAUAGAUGCACUAAUCAAGUGUCCUUAUACUGCUGAACUGAGGUUUCAGGGUGUGAAUUUAUCAGGUGCUGAUCUAAGUAGGUUGGAUUUGAGGCACAUCAAUUUCAAGUAUGCUAAUUUGCAAGGUUGUAAAUUGACAGGGUCAAAUAUGAGUUGGUGUUGUCUUGAAAGAGCAGAUUUGUCUCAUGCUAAUAUGGAUAAUGCACAACUUUUAGUUAUUCUAGGGGUGAAAGGUUUAUGUGCAAAUUUGGAAGGUGUGUCCAUGAAAACUUGCAAUUUCAAAGAUCCAGGUGGGAGCAGAGCCAAUUUGGAGAGUGUUAACUUGAAAGGGGCUAUUCUUGAAGGAAGUGACAUGGGCUGUGUCAAUUUGAGAGUUGCCACUUUGAAGAAUGCCAAUCUGAAGAACUGUGAUUUGAGAGCUGCUGUUCUGGCAGGUGCUGAUUUAGAGAAUUGUGAUUUGUCUGGAAGUGAUCUACAUGAAGCAAAUUUACGUGGAGCCAAUCUUAAGGAUGCUGCCUUUGGGUUGAUGCUCACACCUCUCCAUAUGUCUCAAACUAUAAGAUAA